UGAUUUAACAGACUAAUAGUCUCUCUGUCCGUCUCUCCCUGAUAAUAAGCUGCUGUGUUGCUGACUCUUUCUUCCCAUUGAUAGACCAAGACGACGAAAACGAAGAAGAGGAGCUUUGAAGAAGACGAAAGAAUGGUUUAGGGUUCAUAAACCAGGUGGAAGCAAGAAAAGAAAGUGGAAGGGUGUUUUGAAAGGUUGUUUAUAUCUCCGAAGACUUUUUUUAAAGGUUUGUUUUGGGUAUAAUGGAAGUUUAAAUCAUUAGACUGUUUGUUGGUGCCGAAUAAGGCAAGGAAAAUGUUUGUUGGUGUGGAUUAAGGCAAGAAAAAGAAAAUUAUUCGUUGAAGAUGUGGUAAGAGAUGUAAUAGGUGCAUGAAUUGAGAGGUUUAAGAUCGGCUUUUGUUUUGCUGAUGGGUUUGGAAGAAUUUUGGAUAUGGAGUUCUAUUGUCAUGUUAGAAUGUUCUGAAAAACAAGUUUGUUUAUAUCUUAGUUGUAGAAAAACACAAGAAUUUUGUAUAUACAAGUGAUUUAGGGGAUUGAUUAGGGAUUUUGCUGGGGGUUAUAAUGGAUGAAGAGUCCAAUUCGUGGAUUAGGAGGGUGAAAUACUCUCAUACGGUUUGUCAUAGAUUGGAUUCGUCGAGUUUGCAUACGAGUCCUAUUACACGGCAGACGAAUCGAGAAGCUGGAUUGAAAUCUAGGCCAUCACCAACUACUACGGUUGAUUAUGUUAAACCAAGUCCGUGUAGUAGUCCAAUUGUUCGAAAUCCGAAUACCAACAAGCUAAGGGCGGUAUCACCUCACCCUGAAAUUAGUAUUUCAGAUGCGUUCAAGGAAGCUCGGAAGUCCCGGAAGAGGUUCUCAACUCCAUUACCUCGAUCUAGAACGCCGGAGAAGAGAGGUUUUGGGAAAUUUCUUCGUCAAAAUUCAAAUGAGAGCCGUGCUUCUGAUUGUGCAUCCCCCUCAGGUGCGAAAUCUUUUGGUCAGUUUUCUUCUCCGAAGCAUAUUGAAAAAACAAAGAGUAGGAAAGAUUCUUGGACAAAGUAUUUUGAUAAUAAAGGGGGAAAGGUUAUGGCCAUUGAAAUGGACGAUGAAUUGAAUGUGGAUCUCUCAAAAUUGUUCCUUGGACAUAGGUUUGCCUGUGGGGCAAAUAGUCGACUUUACCACGGUGUAUAUAAGGAUCAGCCUGUUGCAGUUAAAAUUAUCAGGCAGUCCGAUGAUGAAGAAAAUGCAGAUAUGGCAGCUCGACUAGAAAAACAGUUCGAGAGGGAAGUCAGUCUUCUGUCACAUCUCCACCAUCAAAAUAUAAUAGAGUUGGUUGCCGCAAGUAAAAAUCCUCCAGUAUUCUGUAUCAUCACUGAAUAUCUAGCCGGGGGCUCAUUGAGGGCGUUCAUGCACAAACUUGAACACAAAACACUUCCUUUUGAGAAAGUCAUCAGUAUUGCUCUGGAUAUUGCACGAGGAAUGGAAUUCUUACACUCACAAGGUGUUGUUCAUCGAGACCUUAAACCUGAGAAUCUCAUUUUUGAUCAAGAAAACCAGGUGAAGAUUGUUGACUUCGGAAUUGCGUGCAAGGAGGCACAUUGUGAUUCUUUGGCAGAUGAUGCGGGUACUUACCGCUGGAUGGCACCUGAGAUGAUCAAGCGAAAAUCCCAUGGGCGAAAAGUCGAUGUGUACAGCUUUGGACUGGUCUUAUGGGAGAUGGUUGCCGGAACAAUUCCUUUUGAUGAUAAGACACCCAUCCAGGCAGCUUUUGCUGUAGUAAAUAAGAAGCUGAGACCUAUUAUUCCGAAGGAUUGUCCACCUUCAUUACGAGAUCUGAUUGAGCACUGUUGGACUUCAGCUCCAGAGAAAAGGCCUGAGUUUUGGCAGAUUGUCAAGGUUUUAGAGCAGUUCGAAACCUCACUUGCUCAAGAUGGAACUGUGCACCUGAUUCGAAGCUCAACCUCAGACGAUCACAAGAAAGGGCUUCUUCACUGGAUACAUAAGCUUGGACAUCAUCAUUCUCAUCACAGCAGUCAUGACGCUUCACAAACGGCCAAACCCAGAUUUCCGUGAUUUGUCUUUGUUGCACAUAUCCUGGCGCUUAUGUUCUGCACCAGGUUUACAUUGUAAUUAAAAUAUUUUCAUUUUUUUUUUUGACUCUUUUUGUUUGAUUUUCUCACACAUUUCACCAAGUAAAUAGAUGCGCACAAGCUGUUUUUCUUUCUUCA